CUACUCGUAAUUUUAACUUUGUAAAAGACAAAAAGUGAGCGGAUAGAGUCUUGUGAAGGCAAAAGCCGCAGCGAGACUAGAGAGAGAUACGAUGAUGCUAGCCCAACUUCCUCUAUCUACUCGAAAUUGCUCUAUCAAUCUUAAACUAUCAAGCCUCAAUUCACCUUCGUUCGCCAAACCAAACUCCAAAUUCAUCCUUGGAACUGGAACUAGAAGAAACACUUGGAAUUCUAGAGCUCUCAAUCUCACCCUUGCAAAAGCCGAGGGAAGUGUUGACUCUAAUGCCGCCAAACAACCCACUUCAGCUUCUCCUCCUUUUAACAAUCAGGAAACAGUUUUUGUCACACAAGAGAAUGUUCCCCUAGAAGGCGUUAUCCAGUUCGAUAAACCCGAUUUCUCUUCCCGCAUAAACAAAUGGGGUCGCGUGGCUUUGCUUGCUGGUGGAGAUGUGUUGGCUUUGUUUCUCUUUUCUGCAAUUGGAAGAUUUAGUCAUGGGUUCUCAGUUUUUGACAUCGAAACACUGCGUACAGCUGACCCUUUUAUUGCCGGCUGGUUCUUGAGUGCCUACUUUCUUGGGGGUUAUUCCGAGGACGGUCGAGGAAUGAAUGGUGUGUCUAAGGCUGUUUUGGCUGCUGCUAAGUCCUGGGCUUUUGGGAUUCCACUAGGAUUAAUUAUAAGGGCAGUACUGGCAGGCCAUAUUCCAACAUAUACCUUCAUCUUAGUGACAAUGGGUAGUACUGCUGCUCUACUUGUUGGAUGGAGAGCACUGUUGUUCAGCUUUCUUCCCAAUGAUAACUGCAAGAACAAUGAUGUUUACCGUCGUGGCAACCCAUUUGAAUUAUUUGAGUUGCUGACAUCGUUGGUACGAAGGUGGUAAUAAUAAUAGCCAUUUCUUGUGUGUUUAUGCCAUACGUUGAUUUUCUUAGUUUCUCGCACAAUGUUUUGUACUUAAGAGCUAUAAUUGUAAACAUGUAAGAAAAAUAUUGGUAGAUACUGAUCAUAAAUGAAUUUUGAUACUGAAUUUUCAGUACUGUGGCACUUUUUUGAA